UGAUUUCGUGCCGGUGACACCGUGUCCUGUCCUGGUGGCCCCUGGGAGCUGAAGUCCGGGAGCACGGGAGGCACUGGGAGCUGCAGGGCAGAGUUCACUGGGGCGUGCUGGGAGCUGUGACCCGCCGUACUGGCUGGCUGCGGCAGCAUGGGGGGGAUGCUGGCGCUGCCCCCGGGGCAGGGACCCCACCAGGUGGGCUGCACGGAUGUCAUGGUGGGCCACACGCGGCAGGGGCUUUUCCUCCGCCUCUUCUACCCGUGCCUGCCCCGGGCAGGGGCCACGGAGCCGCUCUGGGUCCCUCGCCCCGAGUACUGCGGGGGCUUGGCCGAUGUCACCCUGGGUCGCCGCUGGUGCUCCGCCCUGCUCGGCAUGGCCGUCGGCUCCUGCAAGGUCCCGGUGAGCUGGAACGGGCCCCUCAAGCCCCGCAGCAGCGGGUACCCCCUGAUCAUCUUCUCCCACGGCCUGGGAGCCUUUCGGACCUUGUACUCUUCCAUCUGCACAGAGCUGGCGUCCUGGGGCUUCGUGGUGGCAGCGCUGGAGCACAGGGACCACUCUGCUGCCACCACCUAUUUCUGCCCGGCAGAGGCUGGCACGGAGGAGUGGAUCCCCUUCCAGCGGGUGCCCCGAGGGCAGAAGGAGUUUUAUUUCCGAAACAAGCAGGUUCACCAGAGAGCUCGGGAGUGCGUGCGGGCGCUGCGGCUCUUCCAGGCCAUCGCCGGCGGCAGAUCUGUCCCCAGCAUCCUCCCCCAGGACUGGGAUCUCUGCGUGCUGAAGGACAACCUUGAUCUGAGCAAAGUGGCCGUCAUGGGCCAUUCCUUCGGGGGGGUGACAGCGGUGCUGGCCUUGGUGAAGGAGCCCAGCUUCAGGUGUGCCGUGGCUCUGGAUGCCUGGAUGUUCCCUCUGGAGAACCUGCUGUACCCGGAGGUGCCCAGUCCUGUGCUCUUCAUCAACACCGAGAAGUUCCAGACUCCGGAGAGCGUGGCCAAAAUGAAGAGGCUGAGCUCCGGGAACAGCCAGACGAGGAUUGUGACCGUGCUGGGAACGGUGCACGAGGACCAGACCGACUUUGCCUUCCUCCCUGGGAAGCUCUUCAGCCUCAUCUUCGGCAGGAGGGGCACCCUGGAGCCCCACAAGGCUCUGGCCAUCACCAGCCAGGCAGCUCUGGCCUUCCUGCAGAGGCACCUCGAGCUGCAGGAGCAGUUUGGACAGUGGGACGAGCUCCUGGAAGGCAUUGGGGACUCGGUGGCUCCGGAGGCGCCGUUCGGCCGCUCGCACCUGUAGCUGCUCCGAGGGCACUGCUGGCACCUGGGGAGUGGCAGAGUGACCCUCUGGGACAGAGUGACUCCUGGGAAGGGCAGGAGGAGCCCUGAGGACAGCAGGACCUGGGGACAGCGCUCAGGGACUGUGCCAGCAGAGCCCUCCCUGCUCUGUGCCUGCACUGAGGGCUGUGGGCUGAGGGAAUAAAAUCCCCAGGGAUAAAAAC